ACAUUUCCAACCAGUGUAAAGUUAAACUUUACGCAGUAAAUUCCAAGUGUUUCUUUAUUUGUACAAGCCCUCAGAGGAGAUUAAUAAAUUGUCUCUGCGCAUUUUGUGAACAAAAAGGAAAAAUGCAGAUAUUCGUGAAAACGCUGACGGGCAAGACCAUCACCCUCGAGGUCGAGGCCUCUGAUACCAUCGAGAACGUGAAGGCAAAGAUCCAGGAUAAGGAGGGAAUUCCCCCAGACCAGCAGAGACUGAUCUUCGCUGGAAAACAAUUGGAAGACGGUCGCACUCUUUCUGAUUACAACAUCCAGAAGGAAUCUACUCUUCACUUGGUCCUUCGACUUCGUGGAGGUAUGCAGAUCUUCGUCAAGACCCUCACAGGAAAGACCAUAACCCUUGAGGUCGAGGCCUCCGACACCAUUGAGAAUGUGAAGGCUAAAAUCCAGGACAAGGAGGGAAUUCCCCCAGACCAGCAGAGACUGAUCUUCGCUGGAAAGCAGCUUGAGGAUGGACGCACUCUUUCUGAUUACAACAUCCAGAAGGAAUCUACUCUUCACUUGGUCCUUCGACUUCGUGGAGGUAUGCAAAUCUUCGUCAAGACCCUCACAGGAAAGACCAUCACCCUCGAGGUCGAGGCCUCCGACACCAUCGAGAAUGUGAAGGCUAAGAUCCAGGAUAAGGAGGGAAUUCCCCCAGACCAGCAGAGAUUGAUCUUCGCUGGAAAGCAGCUUGAGGAUGGACGCACUCUUUCUGAUUACAACAUUCAGAAGGAAUCUACCCUUCACUUGGUCCUUCGACUUCGUGGAGGUAUGCAAAUAUUCGUCAAGACCCUCACAGGAAAGACCAUAACCCUUGAGGUCGAGGCCUCCGACACCAUCGAGAAUGUGAAGGCUAAAAUCCAGGACAAGGAGGGAAUUCCCCCAGACCAGCAGAGACUGAUCUUCGCUGGAAAGCAGCUUGAGGAUGGACGCACUCUUUCUGAUUACAACAUCCAGAAGGAAUCUACUCUUCACUUGGUCCUUCGACUUCGUGGAGGUAUGCAAAUCUUCGUCAAGACCCUCACAGGAAAGACCAUCACCCUCGAGGUCGAGGCCUCCGACACCAUCGAGAAUGUGAAGGCUAAAAUCCAGGAUAAGGAGGGAAUUCCCCCCGACCAGCAGAGACUGAUCUUCGCUGGAAAGCAGCUUGAGGAUGGACGCACUCUUUCUGAUUACAACAUUCAGAAGGAAUCUACCCUUCACUUGGUCCUUCGACUUCGUGGAGGUCAUUAAAUUCUCCAUCCCCAAUCCAUUCUGACUGAGAUAUUAGCAAGCAACUGUGGUUCUGUCUAUACGACAAAUUUACUUGUAAUCUACAUUUUUUUCAACGUUAAUAAAUCUCAUUUUUAAGUUCUGAA